AGGGAAAUUCUCUAUUGAGAGUGUGUUGAUGCUUUCAUGCUUUCAUGCUUAUGUCAGCUGAUAAGAAAAUAAAUGUUACAACUGUUUUAUAUUUAUAAGUGUUAUUUUCAUUCUUGAAACUUAUAAUUAUUCACUGAACAAUAUGCUUGUGUAUUAAAUCUAUUAAAAUAUCAUUUUUAAUUUCUAUCUAUUUUUCCAUUGAGCUUUAAAAUAGACCGCAAAAAUGACUGUCAUGGAGUUUUUUGGCUGUGCUAUGAUUGCGUUUGGACCAUCAGCAGCAAUGCUAGCUAUAACUAUAGCUAAGGAUCCUAUUCGAAUAAUUAUAUUAAUAUCAGCAGCCUUCUUCUGGCUAUUAUCACUACUGUUAUCAUCCAUACUUUGGAAUGUUGUAGUACCAUUAAGGAAGCAACUGGCAUUUGGAGUGGUUUUCUCCGUGAUAUUUCAGGAAAUAUUUCGAUUCUGUUUUUAUAAAUUACUUAGGAAAGCUGAAGUUGGUCUUAAAAAAGUCCAAGAAGUUGGCGCAGAUGGUGCUGUUGUGUCCAGUAACAGAAGCACAUUAGCCUAUGUUGCUGGUUUGGGAUUCGGUUUAAUGAGCGGCCUCUUUUCCUUAAUCAAUGUAUUGGCUGAUUCUGUAGGUCCAGGCACUGUUGGACUGUAUGGAGAUUCUCAUUUUUUCUUCCUUACAUCAGCAUUCACUACUCUAGCGUUUACAUUACUUCACACCUUCUGGGGUGUCAUAUUUUUUCAUGCAUGGGAUAAUCGUAGCUAUGGAAAAAUUACCUUUGUCUGUCUCUCCCAUCUUGUGGUUUCAUGUAUGACUUUAUUGAAUCAACAACGCUUAUAUGUAGCAUCAUUCAUCCCAUUAUACGUAGUUACGAUCACAAGUGGAGUAUUGGCAUACCAGUCUGCUGGAGGUUCAUGGAAAAGUUUAGUAGCGUCACUUUCAACAAAAAAUUCUAAUUGACGUUAAUUACUUUAUGUAUAAUUGUUUUAAUAUUUGGUCUAACAAGCUCUGGUUAGAGCUAAAACACAAAAUGAUGAUCAUAAAGCUCAUAUUUGUAAGUUGUAAUAGCGCUAAAGUUUAUUUUUAAAUGGAAGACCUCUAUCAGAAUAUUUAAUUAGGUAUCUAGAGAAAAUGAAUUUGAAAUACAAACUGCUCAUGAUUUAGUGUUCCUGCCAGGAAAAAAACUGAGCUGUGCUCAGUGAGCCAAGAGGAAAUACUAAUUGCAAAUAACUUUUUUUUCCUUUUAUUGUAUUUUUUUGUUUGUUUGUUUGUCUGGUAUAUAGGUGUAAUUUUUAUGAGUAAUGUAUUUUACUGUUGUAUAUUUCAUACUUUCUAACAAACAAUAAAAAAAGUAUUUCUUUAAAGUUCA